AUGAAGAAGUCAGUUGCUGAAGCGCUGAUGAAGCUGUUCGACAGUGGAUACAUGACGGCCGAUGACGUAGAUGAGCGUGCCGUUGAAAUGAUGAAUUCGUUCCCCGAAGAUCAAGCUCGUUAUAUUGUUGAUCAGUUGAGGGUAGGUCUAGCUCAGUACUUGAUGUCUCUUAUGCGUAACUUCCGCGAUCGGGUCCGCAACCAGGGAGCCCAAUCAGUCAUGGCAGGAAAGCUUAUUACCGGACCAGACCCAGACAAGAUGGCUGAAAUUUUGAAAAGAACUGGGUAUUCGUUGGAGAUCACAGUCGGACAGCGUAAAUAUGGCGGUCCCUGCCCCGGAUGGGAAGGACCACCAACCGGACCUGCUGGUCAGGGACAUGAAGUAUACGUGGGACACAUUCCACAUGAACUCUUCGAGGAUGCACUCGUGCCACUAUUUGAGCAAUGCGGCAAAAUCUGGGAUCUGCGCUUGAUGAUGGACCCGAUGUCAGGCAAAAACCGUGGAUAUGCGUUCCUGACGUUCUGUGAGAAAGCGUCUGCCGCAGAGGCGGCCAAGAAGGUUAUUACUUCUCCGUCCGUCCAACUCUCUCUCGCAUCUAGGGGGCGCUCUUAG